AUGCGUGUCUGUUGUACCCUCACACCUUGCACUCGGGUUGUCCCUUGUGUGCGGUUCUCCAUUGACGGCGGGUCCCGCCAUCCUCCAGCCUCCUGCAGUGUCUCAGUGAGGUGGCAGGAGGAGCGACCUGUCAUUUUCAGUCUCAUGGUUGAUAGCUGCAGCUGCUUCAAGUGGUGGCAGGAGCCCAUCAGAAAGGUGACUCUUGUGAUGGUGGGACUUGAUAAUGCUGGUAAAACGGCAACAGCAAAGGCAAUCCAAGGAGAGUGUCCUGAAGAUUUAGCUCCUACUGUUGGAUUUUCCCGAAUUGACAUUAGGCAAGGAAAGUUUGAUGUCACCAUUUUUGACUUGGGAGGUGGAGAAAGAAUUCGGGGAAUCUGGAAGAAUUAUUAUGCUGAGUCCCAUGGAGUAAUAUUUGCUGUGGAUUCCAGCGAUGAGGAGAGAAUGCAAGAGUCAAAAGACACACUAAGAGAAGUGCUUAGACAUCCUAGGAUAUCAGGAAAGCCUAUACUGGUGUUGGCAAAUAAACAAGACAAGGAAGAGGCAUUAAGAGAAGGUGAACUGAUUGAGUGUCUGUCUCUGCAAAAACUGGUCAAUAAGUAUAAGUGCCCAUGUGAGAUAAAAGCUUGCUCAGCAGUCUGGGGGUGUGGAAAGACAGUUGACAAGUCCAUUACACAAGGCCUUGAUUGGCUGCUAUACGUCAUUACAAGAGACUUUGAUGCCUUAAAUGAACGUGUCCAAAAAGACACAGCAGAACAAUGUGCUCUUGAGGAACAACAGAAAAGAGAAAGGGCGGAACGAGUGCAAAAAUUACGAGAAGAAAGAAAACAAAGAGAACAAGAGCAGGCCGAACUUGAUGGAAGCAGUGAUCUGGCUGAGUUGGAUCCAGGGCCAAUUCUUGUUAAUCCUUUCCAGCCGAUAGCAUCUGUAAUCAUUGAGAAUGAAAAAAGACAUGAGAAAAAGAAAAAUAUGCAGAAUAUGGAGGAGGAUGGUGAUGUCUGUCCCUGGAAACAUAAAACGGAGCCUGACCAAAUGGAGACAAAGGGCCAGAUUAGUGACAGUAGCCAAAGAAACAAUGCAUUUGAAAUAGUGGAAAGUUGUAAGGAGGUAUUAACACAGCAGUUGGUGAAUGAAGAUGAGACAGACCAGCAAUCGUCAAAAUCAGAUAAUGGUAAAAAGAAAACGAAGAGACUGAGAAUGAAAAGGAGUCACCGGGUAGAACCAGUUAAUACAGAUGACUGA